GCUGCGAAAUGGCGGGCGGAAGCGGCGAGGCAGCAAUGUCGCCGCCGUCCUCCGGGGGCAGCGGCGGCGGGAAGCGCGGCCGGGACCCGGAGGAGGACGUGUACGUCGACAACCUCCACUCCCACAAGCGGUACCUCAGCGAGGUCGGUCGCCUCGCCGACGCCCUGCUACUUCCUCCGGCCCCCGUCGCCUCUGUGCUCGUCCUUGGUUCGAUUCCGGCGGUUCUCGAGUUGGGUGCGAAGAAGGCGCGCGGGUUCCGGGUGGUCUGUUGGCCAAUUCCUUCCUCGGAUAGAGCGGGUUCCCAGUCCCUAUGUGUUGCGCUGCCUGGGUUUCGGGGGUUAAUUCCUCGAAUUCUGAUGGUUCCUGGGGCGGGGUUAGUUGGAUCGCGGCAUGUCCCUUGCAGAGCUUGAUGGUCGAUUUGGAUAAUGGCGUCCAGCCUGAAUGGACUGUCUGUUGGGGAUUCACUCUCUGACAACAUCAUGGUGUCCCCUGCAAGGUCAGAGACUGCUUCGUGCUUCAGGGAUGAGAUAUUAUCCCAAUACUCACCAAUGUCAGAAGAUUCAGAUGACUACCGGUGCUAUGACACUCAAUUAAACCCUGGUGUGAGUCAACCUGAUGCAAUGAUCAGCCCUUCAACUAGUCCAAUGUCAUCUCCUCACCGUCACCAGAAGCCACAAUCUCCUUUGUUACCUUCGAACGUCUACCCUCUCCCGAGCUGCUCCCUCUCAUCAGUAGUCUGCUCUCAUGCUCGACGUGGCUCCGACAAUGAAGGUCGGUUCCCAUCCUCGCCGAACGACAUGUGCCAUGGGGCAGAUCUUAGGCGAACAGCACUACUGAGGUCAGUGCAAAUGAGGGUGCAAGGACCCCAUGCAUAUGAUCUGCCAUUCGGCAUCAGACAAGAACAAGAACAUGUUCACGGCCAUGAAGAUGAGCAUGAGCAUGCGCAUCUAGAGGGAUUGGAAGGGGCAGAAAGAUCCUCCUCUUGCAGUAAAUCAAUUGAUGAUGAAGUUGGGUACCGGAGGCCGGAUCAUGAUUUUGGGAGACCAGAGCAUGAGAUAGAUUACAUCGGCAACUGCACAUCAGUCGAUUGCCCGAGUGCCCCAAAAUUUAAGCAAGACAAGAGCCAUUGUAAAUUUGAUACCAGUAUGGAUAAGAAUAGAUAGCAGAGAACAUAAUGUCUCGUGUUCAUGUUAAUGUUUCGGGAUUAUAACUCUGCUUAAUUUUGUUGCAGUUUUGAUGGUUCUUAUCUACUGUUGUCUGUGGUUUUGAGCAUCAGCAUUCCGAAUACUGAUAUAUUUUGUAAUAUUUGAAUGAAAUUAACCAUUGGGGUGUUGCAAUGCCA